AGCUUUAUCCACCAACACGUCUUCGCACACCAAAGCUGGGAUUUGAUAAGAUGACCAAAAUCCAUUGAGUUGCCACUGCUUAUCUUGCAUGGUCCUGUCAACGCGCCGCGGUUCACAAUGCCUCCGGCGCUUCUCUCCGCUCGUGCUAAGUCGAUAGCACUUCUUCUCGUCGAUCACUCUGCACCCUAGAUUACCAGAAGGCCGACAAAAAGAUCGACAGCUUCAAUGGCACCCAAACCUCGCGCCAUGACAGCCAAGGCGCUGCAAACUCUACUUGUACACAUCGGCGCGCCAUCAUCGGGGACAAAAGCAGUACUACAGGAACGGUUCCGACGUGGUAUCGGAAUAUUUCAUCUUUCCAAGAGUCAACCGGCGUGGCCAAGAUCUCGAGCUGCAAACAAGAAGCUCCGCAUUAUGAGCAUCGACAUGGGAAUCAAGAAUCUGGCGUUCUGUGAGGCAGAGAUUUCUUACCCAUCGAAGGAUAGCCUAGAUGCGGAAAUGAAAGUUUUGAGGUGGGAGAAGGUUAAUCUCACGGAAGCCCCAGGGGACGAGAUACAGAACGAAAAGGAAUCUCCACGAAAGGUCAAGACGGCAAAGCAAAGUACUGCAGAUGCUGACGAAGCAUCGGACAUCUACUCUGCGGAUGCUUUGUCCAAGACAGCGUAUGGUUUAAUCAAAAACACGAUCCUAGCAGGUUCGCCAGACAUUAUCUUGAUCGAAAAGCAGAGAUGGAGAUCAGGCGGUGGCAGCGCGGUGCAACAGUGGACUCUGCGGGUCAACACUCUAGAAGGCAUGCUAUGGGCUGUACUUCAAACAAUCCACGCCCAACGACUGGAAUUGGGAACAUCAGCAACGACUACAGCAAAGCUCUACGAAGUCUUCAGUGCAGAUCCCAAACGCGUAGGACAGUACUGGCUCACUCGAGCCGCCGGACGCCUCGCAGAAGGAGACGAAGACGAAGCGGCGACUCCCAAAAAGACUCUAAAUCGAUCCAAAGCAGAAAAGAAGGUCAAAAUCUCUCUCCUCCGCUCUUGGCUCACUGCAACACCCGCGUCUACGGCGUCGGUGACACAAGACACGGUACCAGGCAUAACCUUCAGUUUCGCGCCAGAUGCAGAAAACACCCGCGAAGCGCUCCUAUCGAUAUCAACAUCCAAACGGCGUAAGAAAGCCAGGGAUGAAUCAGAUGACGUGCUUCCUGCAGUAGCAGUCGCGGGUUCUGCGCUCAAGAAGCUGGAUGAUGUCACGGACUGUUUCCUCCAGGCUGCUGCGUGGGUUAGUUGGGAGUCGAAUCGUCUACAGCUGCGGCAAGUGUGGGAGCGGAAUAUGAGCGGUGAUGGGGAUGGAGAAGGGUUGACGGAUGAGGUUAUGUUAGAGAUGCUUGAGAAAAUCGAGGGGGGUUGAUAUCAGCCUUUUCUAUCGUUUCUUUAGCUAUGAACAUAAGAUGAGCAAGAUGAAUACAGCAAGAUAUCUAACAAGCGCACGAGCUAAGCUCGUGAUGAGCUGUUAGCAUGGGCAUGCUUCAUUGAGGUACAGCAGCUUCGUGGGACCACAUGCAAAGUAGUACACUUUCGGAAGCAGGCACAGAAUCUCAAUAUAACGCACUUAAGCAAUAACAGCGC